AUUGUCAACAGAAUAAAUGCAACGUGGGCUAUGCGUUCAUCAACAUGAUUGAUCCACAACAGAUUAUUCCAUUCUAUAAGGCAUUCAAUGGCAAAAAAUGGGAAAAGUUCAACAGUGAAAAGGUGGCAUCACUUGCUUAUGCUCGGAUUCAAGGGAAAGCUGCUCUUAUCGCCCACUUCCAGAACUCAAGCUUGAUGAACGAAGAUAAACGAUGCCGUCCUAUUCUCUUUCAUACUGAUGGCCCCAAUGCUGGAGAUCAGGAGCCUUUUCCCAUGGGUACUAACAUUCGAUCAAGACCAGGGAGGCCUCGAGCAGCUAGCCCUGAGAAUAACGGCCAAGUUAACUCUUCUACUUCAGCUAAGGGCGAGGAGCCCAAUGGGGCAGAUUCUUCAUCAGGUUCUUCCAAGGACUCUGACUGAGUGCAGUCUGCUUUACUAAGCACUAACUGUAAAUGCUGUUUCAGAGUGAGAAGACUUUAUCCACCCCAUUUCUGUGUAUCAGGGGUGGCCUGACUAUCCCUUUUUGCUAUGGAGGAGCAGUUUUGAUAACCAGUGCAUCUCGGAACUACAGUUUCUUGACUAUUUCACCGUUUUUACUGAAAUUUUUGUAUCAAUGCCCAUGUGAACAUAGAGAACAGCUUAAAAGAGCUUCAAAUUUUGGGUAGUCCACUCUCUGACCAAACCAUAUAUAUAUCCUGAUGUACAGAUGUUCCUGGGCUUAUGCAUGACUCCCGAGGAUCUCUGUUGUUUUCAGUUUUGGAUCCUGAUGUUUCCAUGUAAUUUCCCUCUUUUUGUUGCGCAAUUGAGAGAUAUGUGUCAUGUUUUAAGUAUUCUAUCCAUGCAAUUUUUUUUGCGUACUUUUGUCUUUGGUCAUGAAAUGCAUCAUCCCGUUUUUGUCGUUGCCUUGUAUUCUUUAUCUUUGGAAGGCAAAAAAAUAAGUAAAAUGGCUUAAU